AUGGAUAGAAUCUUUGGGACUCCUGAGGAACCUUUGUUUAAUGACAGAUUCACAGCUGUGACAGCAGAUAUUCUUCAAGAAUGGCUAAUUUCGCUGGCUUCUAUGAAUAACAGGAGAGUGGCAUGUUCUUCUUCACAAGAGGGUCUGUUCAAGACUGGUGACUUUGCAGAAUUUGUCUUCAAUACCUGUGACCAGUUUAAGAUGUCACCAGAAGCAAAAUACCUUGCAUUGGAAACAUUUGAUAGAUUUAUGGUACAACAUAUAAAGGACUUAUAUAAUCAUGUGACCCAAAGUGAAAGCAAGCACCGUCAAGCUGACUGGAAGGCUCUUCUUGAUAGAAUCAAGAACCAGUUGAAGCUUCGUGCUGUAUCCUGUUGUCAAAUUGCUAGCAAAUUGACCUCACAUUAUAAGGUAGUAUCUGCAUUGAAGGCAAGGAGAUUUCUUCGAGAUUGUUGUGGCCAUCGUUACACUGCUGAUGGUAUUCUGCAGUCUGAACUCAGAGUUCUCAAAACAUUGAACUACAAUGUGACCAUACCUUCCACCCUCACCUAUAUAGAGACUUUACUGGAAAUUCUAGGGCACAACGACCAUGAGACAGAAGUGAAGGUUUAUCAUGCUGUGGCCAUGCAAGUGUUAACAGUUGUCUACAUUAAGUAUUCUGAUGUGUACAAAUUCCUGUUUGAGGUAACGGCCCUUUCACCACAAAACAAAGACAGGAAGAAAUACAUGGCAGUCAAAGCUGACAAAAUGCUGCUGGCAGUAUCAGUAAUAGGGUCCUCUGUCUACUUAGCUGACCAACUGUUAUCAGACAAGAUAAUUAAAGAGUUAAGCAGAAUCACCCAUAUUCCCUGCGAUGACAUCAUAGACCUCACAUCAGUCAUAGUUCAGUUGAUUAUGGAGGGGAGUAUGUACUUGUGUAACAUGAUCUUUGCACUGACCACAUUUCACUCGACGAUGAUCCUAGCAAACCCUUUAGGAGAUUAUCGUUUGCAAAACAUUUUGCACACGGAAAAUAUUAUUAUCACCAGAGAAGAGGCUGAGGCUAUAGCAAUUGAGAGCCAAUCUUACGGCACCACCUGUGACAGUGCAAUUAGCAAUUCUACAGAGACUCUACCAGAAUAUGCUGUCUCUCUGUGCCCAUGGUACUACGAGUUACAUCAUCAGUCAGGCUUAUUUCCCUCCCAUGUACUGAAGGCAAAGCUACGAUGUGACAACAGGGAAAACAGAAGUCCGUGUAAGAGGCUUGGCUCACGGGACUACACCUGUGUAUACAUCCAGAGAAGUGUUCGAAUGAUUAAUGAAACGUGUCAAGGACGAGGCUGUGAUUUUAUCCGACCUAUUAGAGUUGGUGCCCAAUGUGUUCGCACACAAUCCGCACAUGCCUAG